AUGGUGGCGCCCAACCGGAGGCGUGGCAGAGGCUUGAAGAAGACAGUCAUCCACCGGAUCGUGCAUGAGGAUGCCCGACACUUUUGCUUCUCCAAGGGUCGCAUGGGGUUCUUCAACAAGGCCUGCGAUAUGGUGGUCCUCACUGGCGCACAGGUCGCCACUCUCGCCUUCUCGCCCGGUGGCAACUCCUUCUCCUUCGGCCACCCCUCCGUCGACACUGUCGUGGAAUGCCUCCUGGUGGUGGAGGGUGCGGGUGUUGGCGCGAGGGAGGAGGGCGCUGCCGGCGAAGAUCAAAAGCUGGAGAAGCUGCACCAGGAGUUCGACGAUUGCGCAUGGAGUUCGUGGAGGUGA